AUGGUUUUUUAACGUGGCUUUCUUUGGCACUGGAAAUUUCGCAAGUAUUGCUAGUUUCGAGAUUUCAUCUGUCUACAGGUUCAUCACUGUUUUCAGUCCCUUUCUGAUGGCAGCACUCCUUAUCUUCAAGUUAUUCAUACCAUUCCUUCUUGUCAUAUGUGCAUUCAGUGCAAUAACCAAACUACUUAAAGUUCCACGGAUAGGGUGCUACUUCCUCGUUAUUCUGUGUUCAGACAUGAUGACCAUCCACUUCUUCUUCCUGGUGAAAAACACGGGGAGCUGGAUGGAGAUUGGUAAUAGCAUCAGCCAUUUCGGAAUCAUGAGUGCCCAAGUUGUGUUUGUGCUGCUACUUUUUGCUCUCACAAAUAUAUACACGAAAGACAUUGAAAUCAGAUCAGCUAGUCGAGAUCCUCGAAAAGUAAUGUGAUUGGUGAGAAACUAGAGCUCGUUGGAAUUAUAAAGAGCUAAUCAAAUUUAUUUGCAAGGUGAGAUCUUAGACUUUCAGACCAUUGAUGCAAGCCAUGGAUUUAAACUUUGUUUCUUGCAUUUCAAAAUUGAAGUUGAUAUGAGAAACAUUUUGACUCUUCCCAUUGAUGC